UUUGUUCAAAUUGCUUAAUAGCUUAGCUAUAAUUAGUGUAAUGUAAUUACUUUGUUAGCGUUUAAUCCAAAGUAAAGGUUAAACUUGUGUCCUCGGAACAAAUUUUGAUUUUUCUUAUGCACAAAUUUUCCGCCCAUUCAUUCACACCUAUGCAACAUUAGGCAGACGUAUGUAAGCGUGGAAAAUCAGCUGCUAGUAUUUUACAAUCACUCAGUAGCAUUGGUGUUUCGUGUGCGUUCAAUACCACUAGAGAUAACUCGUUCAAUUAUGGACAACUGUAAGAUGACUCCUAGAGUAUCACGUCGCUUGGUCGCGUUUGAUUUCGAUUGCACAGUAGUUGAUGCCAACACAGACGAUGUCGUUCGCGAUCUCCUGCCAGCCGACAACUUCCCCAGUGAAACCAUCAUACACAAGGAGGGUUGGCAGGAAUAUAUGUCUGAAGUUUUUAGACGUUUGCAUAAACAAAGCUUUUCACCACAAGCAAUUCGCGACAAAGUACGCUGCAUACCGGAGGUACCUGGUUUUGUUCGUUUGCUCAAGCGGCUGCAUCAAGCGCAGGAAAAUAAAUAUGAUCUGGUUAUUAUCAGUGAUUCAAAUACCAUCUUUAUAAGUGAAUGGCUGGAGGCGCAUGGACUGGUAAAUUGUUUUGAAAGCAUAUUCACAAAUCCAGCACAUUUUGACAAUGACGGCUUACUGCAUCUGCAACCUUAUCACCAUCAAACCGAUUGCAAAUUGAGUGCUGCCAACUUAUGUAAGGGUAAGAUAUUGGAGCAUUUUGUAGCCAAGCGGAAUCUGCGCGAUAAUACGCACUACGAAUGUAUUAUUUAUGUUGGUGAUGGCCACAACGACUUAUGUCCAGUGCUGAAGCUACGCCAAGGCGAUAUAGCAUGUCCUAGACAAGAUUUUGCGCUGGACAAAAAAAUAACAUCGCAUCGCAAUAAAAUGGAUUUGCGCGCGGAUGUCAUUAGGUGGAAAAGUGGCUUUGAAUUGCUGAAACAGUUGGCGAAACGCGAUGCUGCACUCGAUGAUACAGAUGCAGGCAAGACCUCGACGGAAACAACAAAGCAGUAAAGAAUCGAGAUUUUUUGUAAUCCCAUUGAAUUAAGUGCAUGAGGAAAUAUUCUUUUAAGUGCUGUGUUAGUGUGUGUUAUCGAAGCUAUUAGUGUACCAUAUUUUUUAAUAGAUUUCGGUGUAUGAAUGUAUGUAUGUAUAUCAAAUCUCUACAGUUAACCAAGUACUUCCCAUAUUUGUAGCCAAAUUAUAUCUGGUUGUAUACAUUUGUGUACUAAGUGUUUGGUGGCGAGCGUUAAUGAGAAAUUGUCACACGCUCCUCAUAAAAUUAUAUUAAUACAUUUAAAUUUAUUGCACUGGAACACUAAUUUGGAGUGAAUCAGCGGUUUGUGUACUAAUGGAUAACAAGGAAAUCUUACAGUGUUAAAUAUAUCAUGCAUACAUAUAAAUAUAUUUUUAGAUGUUUUAGCUGCGAAUUAUUGCAUAAAAUAAAUAACUGAAAAGCA